AUGCUGAAUAUGGGCGUUCCUCGUUGUGUAUACGUAGAUUUAGAACCAUCGGUGGUGGACGAAGUACGAAAUGGUCCGUACAGACACCUCUUUCACCCAGAGCAAUUGAUAACUGGAAAGGAGGAUGCAGCCAACAACUUUGCCCGUGGCCAUUACACGGUUGGAAAGGAUAUUAUAGAUACAUGUUUGGAUCGUAUUCGCAAACUUGCAGACAAUUGUACUGGUCUGCAGGGAUUUCUCAUGUUUAACGCAGUUGGUGGUGGUACAGGAUCAGGUCUUGGUUGCCUCAUGCUUGAGAGGCUUUCCAUUGAUUAUGGGAAAAAAUCAAAGUUAAAUUUUUGCUGCUGGCCCUCCCCUCAGGUUUCUACCGCCGUAGUAGAGCCAUACAACUCUGUGCUCUCCACACACUCACUUUUGGAGCACACUGAUGUUGCAGUUAUGCUUGAUAAUGAGGCUAUUUAUGACAUUUGUAAGAGGAAUUUGGAUAUCGAAAGGCCUACAUACACUAAUUUAAAUAGGCUUAUUGCACAGGUAAUUUCAUCUCUCACAGCAUCGUUGCGUUUUGACGGUGCACUAAAUGUCGAUGUGACUGAAUUCCAAACAAAUCUUGUACCAUAUCCCAGAAUUCAUUUUAUGCUUUCUUCGUAUGCCCCUGUGAUUUCCGCUGAAAAGGCAUACCACGAACAAUUGAGUGUGGCGGAGAUUACAAACUCUGCCUUUGAACCUUCGAACAUGAUGGCAAAGUGUGAUCCCAGACAUGGAAAAUACAUGGCUAGUUGUAUACUUUACAGAGGUGAUGUUGUACCAAAGGAUGUCAACGCGGCUGUUGCUACUAUAAAGACUAAAAAGAGCAUCCAGUUCGUUGAUUGGUGUCCCACAGGUUUCAAGGUGGGAAUAAACUAUCAGCCACCGACCGUUGUACCAGGUGGCGAUUUGGCAAAGGUUAUGCGUGCUGUAUGCAUGAUUAGCAACUCCACAGCGAUUGCUGAGGUUUUUUCAAGAAUGGAUCACAAGUUUGAUCUGAUGUAUGCAAAGAGAGCUUUUGUCCAUUGGUAUGUCGGAGAGGGUAUGGAGGAAGGAGAGUUUAGUGAAGCCAGAGAGGAUCUUGCUGCGCUGGAAAAGGACUAUGAAGAAGUCGGCCUAGACACACUAAUGAGCGAAUAA